CCUGCCUCAUCAUGGCUCUCACUCUGUGGCUGUGUGCGCUCUGCCUUCAGGCCAGUGUGCUACAGGCUCUGCAGUGUCCCGGAGCGGAGCAGGGAGCGCCUUGUCAGCCUGCAGACUCACAGACUGAAGACCACGUGCAGCAGAUGGGUCUACCACUGACCAAUGGCCUGGCUUUCUUCAGAGCUAAGCGGCAGUUGGAGCGGAGGGGUCCCACCCACCUGAGUCAGUCCAGCCUGCCAGGGUCUGUGUCCGUCAAAGGCUUCCCAAACACCCUCAUCCAGGCUGACAGGUCCAGACGACACCUGGUUCAAACUGCGAAUAAGAAAAAGUCCAAGCGCAAAAUCCGCAUCGGCUCCUACUCGCUUCUCACCCACGACAAGUCCACCCCCCUACAGGUAAUUAGAGCACGGAGACAAGUGAAGAAUGAACCACAAAGCAGAGGGAAGAUGGAUCGAUCAGGGGCUUACUCAGUUCUGGGGGACCCACAAAGUGAAGCCCAGAACGUCGAGCCCAAAUGAAAACAAACAAAUACAACCUUACCUUAAAAUUUAAAUCUGUUGGGGAUUCUCUAAAUAAUAUUGUUUUUAUAUACCUUAAUAUUUGUGGACUUAUAUAUAUAUAUAUAUUUCUAUAUGCUUUCUCUAUUGUUGUAGCUGGGUCUUUUGUUGUAAUGUAUUCUCAUGGACUCUAACAAGGCAGUAUAUUUUUGGAGCUAUUUUAUUAGACUUCAAUAAAAGUUUAGUUAAAUAUA